CUCGCUGGAGGGACGGCGCCCAAUCGAGAAAUAGGUGCGUGUUGGUUAAACACUGGGUCACGUGCGCCUAUUGCCCUUUGGUUGUAACUCGGCUUCUGCAACAGGAUUAUCUCUCGACAUGAAAUAUCACUUGCUGUAGACGACAGGCGGCGCGGGUGUAGAGUCAGAGGAGACUGCAUGCUCUCAUUGAGAUCAGCUCGAAUACUUGUAACUCCUCUCCGUAGUCCAAGAACUCAAUCUUCACCUCUCUUCAACCAUUCCCGAGCUCUUCUCCAUCAGCGACGACAGCUCGCCAAGAUGGCCGCAUCUACCGAAGAUAGAGCGUCGAGCUCUAUGCCUGUAUGGAUCAAACCGAGUAGAGGGACAGAAGUGCCAGUAUUGAAAGUUUACAAUUCCUUGACCCGGACCAAGGACGAAUUCAUACCUACGAAAGGCAUGUCGGUCGAUUGGUACAACUGUGGACCAACAGUGUACGAUGCAUCUCAUAUGGGUCACGCGAGAAACUACCUCACUCAGGAUAUCGUUCGGAGAAUUCUGAGAGACUACUUUGGAUACGACGUAAACUUUGUGAUGAACAUUACAGAUAUCGAUGACAAGAUCAUCCUCCGUGCGAGAGAACAAUACCUUCUGGAUCAAGCCAUCGAGUCAAAUCCAACUCUUUCCUCCACCCUCUUAGAAGAUACUCAUACCGCCUUUUCAACCUUUUUCGAAUCCAAACUUCUCAAAUCUCUCCCCUCUCCCGUUCCUCCUCGAUCUCCCAAUGACACCACACUGAACCACUUCGCACUGAUAGAAGAGCGGAACGCUAAUGAUGCGGAAUUUUCACGUGCUGCCAAGGAGAAGGAAGAGAAAUGGAGCAUGUACCUGUCGAAUCUGAGUAAAUCAGCUCAAGCCAUCAAGCUGGCAGAGAAGCGUUCGUCCUCUGGCGAGACGGGAGGGGAUAGCGUCAGGGAUCUGGUGGAGGGCACGUCUGGUGUUUUGGGACCAUAUUACGGCCAAACGCUGGCGCAUACUGUGUCCGAUCCUAUUGGGAUUUGCCGGAGCCUGACAGCCCAUUGGGAAGCAAAAUUCUUCCAAGAUAUGGCUCGACUCCGCGUCUUACCUCCGGACGUUAUCACCCGAGUGUCAGAAUACAUCCCUGAAAUCGUAUCGUUCGUUCAACGCAUAGUCGAUAGAGGAUUCGCGUACGAAGGGGGAGGCAGUAUCUGGUUCGACGUGAACAAAUUCGAAGGUGCUUCGGAGGAAGAAGAAGGAAACAGCUUCAAGCAUGAAUAUGCCAAACUUCAACCAUCCUCCAAAGGGAACAAGAAACUAUUGGACGAAGGUGAAGGGGCAUUGACCGCAAGCUCGGGUAAACGCCAAGCGGCAGAUUUCGCAAUCUGGAAAGCUAAAUCUAAACCUGGGGAGCCAGCUUGGGCAUCGCCAUGGGGAGAAGGAAGACCAGGAUGGCAUAUCGAAUGCUCCGUCAUGGCGAGCGCCAUUUUGGGGAAAGGAAUGGAUAUACAUUCUGGAGGUGUGGAUCUCAUGUUCCCACACCACGAUAACGAAUUGGCUCAAUCAGAGGCGUAUCACGGCUGUCAGCAAUGGGUCAACUACUUUUUACAUACGGGACAUUUGCAUAUUGAGGGAUUGAAAAUGUCGAAGUCCUUGAAGAACUUUAUCACCAUUGAUGAAGCAUUGGCAAAAUUCUCCGCUCGACAGCUUCGUCUAGCAUUCAUGUUGCAAUUGUGGAAUGCCAAGAUGGAUUUCAGAGAAGAUUUGCUCAAAGAUGUCCGAACAAAGGAGGAUCUGUUUGACAAUUUCUUCUCCAACGUCAAGGCUCGUCUCAAUCAAGCUGGACAAUCGGGUCCUUCACCAGAUGGCAAGCAUCACUUUGAUGCACCGGAACAUGCCUUGAUGAACGAAUUCCACUCUGCUCAACAGGCAUUCCGAGCCUCACUCUGCGAUUCCUUCAACACCCCUCAGGCCAUUUCUACCCUUGUGAACCUCGUCGGCGAGGUCAAUACCUACAUCUCCAAAGCUUCUUAUAACGCUCACGUCCUCGAGCCCAUAGCAGAAUGGGUGACGCGAAUGUUGCGCAUGUUCGGUCUGGGUGAAGGAGGCGCCACUGGGGGCAUCGGAUGGGGUAAAGAAGGAGACGAAGCGGGUGGAGCGGAUUUUGAAAGCCGAUUGGACAAGUACCUCAAAGCAAUGUCUUCAUUCAGGGACGAUGUGCGAAAAUUGGCCAUUUCUGGAGGAUCCUCCAAAGACAUGUUGGCAUUGUGUGAUAGGUUCAGGGAUGAAGAUCUGGUCAAUCUCGGUGUUCAGCUCGACGACGGACAAGGCGCGGAUGGUUCUGCCUUGUACAAGCUUGUGGACCCGGCUGUCCUCCUCCGAGCAAGGGAAGAAAAAGCUGCCAUCGCAGCGGACAAAGCUGCGAAGAAAGCUGCCAAUGCCGCUGCUGCAGAAGCGAAACGAAAAGAACAAUUGGAAAAGGGUAGAGUCGAUCCCAAGGACAUGUUCAAACCUCCCAAUGUUCCUCAGGGGGCGUACACAGAAUGGGACGAUGCGGGACUACCACUCAAGGACGGAGAAGGGAAAGACGUUGCCAAGUCGCAGUUGAAAAAGUUGGUCAAGGAGCAAAAGGUGCAAGAGAAAUUACACGAGGCGUUUCUUGCAUGGCAGGCGAGUGGUGAGAGCUGAAAAUGAGCGACGCUAGAUUGGGCAGGACGUCCGGUCUGGAUAUCAUUUUUAUGCGGAGAGAUUCUGUUACGGAUCUGUAGGCAACACUGUAGACGG